AUGCAAUAUAUUCAAAUAACAGAGUGUAGAUUUAUAGAUGAAAUUGAUGAGGUCAAAAGGUUUGAUGUAGCAACAAACUUUUGUAUAAGAAGAAAGAAUGAAAUUGAUAAUGUGAACAUAAAUCUAAAUUAAAAAAUAAAGAAUUAUGUAGAUGGUGAAGUAUAUUAGAAAAUUAUAAAAGGAUUAAUAUUAUAGAGAAAUCUAAGUGAAAAGUGAAGAACUUCAUUCUUUGGUAUUGGAUGGUUCAAAAUUAUUAGAAGUAAGAUGAUGAAAAUUCAUUUAGUAAUGUAAAGUACCAGGUCAUUUAGAUUAAGAAUUAUCUGCAUUUUAAAAGGAGUAUAAAUAGAUGGAAUAAAAAAUAAAAUUAGAGGAAGAUAAAAAGAAAUGGAGUGUAUUUGAGAAAUAAAAAUAAAAAGCAAAGUUAUUAAAAUUAUUAGAAGAAAUAUAGUUGUCAAUAUUAAGUAAUAUUAAAUAAAAAUAAUAAAAAAUAGAUAAAUUAGAUUUGCCAGAGCCAGAUAAUAAGAGUGGAAUUAUUUUUAAUUGGAUAGCUGGAUGUUUAAUAAAAGCUAAAAAAGGUCCAGUAUAGUUGGCAGAAGAACUUAAAUUAAAAGUAGAGAAAGUAUAACUUUAAUCUGAAUCUAUUAUAAAUUAACCUGCUGCUUCUUAAAAUGGAGGAAUAUUUGCAUGUGGUGGAAGGAAACCACUUGUAAAUUCAAGACCAUUGAAAAGAGCGGCAUUACCAGAAGAAGAAUAAAGAUAUUAUGAAAAUAUGUUAGCAUGGAAAGCUAUAAAAUAAUAUGUAUUCUCAUAAGAAUUUAAAUUCUAAGAGAGAGUUUCAAAUUUCAUUUAAGAAUUUGAAAAAUUGGAAUCAUUUCAGAUCAUGUUAAUUGAGGAAAUGGUUUCAGAAAAGAAAGGAAUAAUAAAAAAUAUAUUUGAUAUAGAUAUAAAAGAUUAGGUUAGAGUUAUAAUUGAAAUUAAUGAGAUUAUAUUAUUUUUGUUAUAGGAGAAUAAAAAAGAUUAGUAGAUUUAAAUAUAAGCAUAAGAAGCAGAGAUAAUUGAAUAAAACAUGAGAUAGAAGGAAGUAGAGAUUUAAAUAAUGUAAAGAUAAAAAGCUUAUUAUGCUACUAAAGAGAAAAGGGUAAUAAGUUUAAAAAACACUUUUGAAGUUGCUUUAACAACAUCAAAUAAGAUAGUUGAUUUUGUUAAAGAGAAAAUGAAUACAAAUGAUCAAUUAUUUGCUUAAAUUGAAGUCUUAAGAAAUGGUGGGCUAUCAAAAGAAUUAAAAGUUAAUGUUGAUGUAGAAGAUGUUUAUAGAAGAAAGAGAUAAGAAUAAGAAGAAGAAAUUAUGAGAAAAUAACAGGAACUUGAAGAAGAAAGAUAAAGAGAAGAAGAGAAGAAGAAAUUUUUAUCAAAUUAAUCAAAAGAAUAACAAGACAGUUAGAUAUUUGCUAGUAAAGAUAAUAAAGAUGAUGAACCUAGUGAAAGAAAUUAAGAAGAUUAUGAUUAUGGAGAUGAAGAUGAUUCUGAAGAAAGUCAUUAAGAAGGAGAAGAAAAAUAAGAUUGGAUUGUACAUUUUUUGUUUAAUUAUCAUUAAGGUGCUCUCUGAGGAUCCUGAAACAAAACAAAUUUAAAAAACUUUAUUUCCUGAUAAAGUUAAAACUACAGAAAAUAAAAAUUUAGCCAAAUAAAAGAAUAAAGGAGAAUCCCUUAAAUAAUUAAUGGCUAAAAGAAAGAAGAAUUGA